AAAGAUUUUAUUCUUUUUGCCUACUCUGCCAGCCUUGCAUUGGUUUUUAGUAUCAUAAACAUGUCUAAUUGUCAGUGUUAUUUUACUUUUGUAAUCGAAGGUUACGUUGGAAUGAAUGGAUUAUGAUGUGAUUUCAACAAAAAAUGGUUGCUAACUUGAAUCAUAAGUUUGUCGAUAGGAAGCAAACAAAUAGUAUUUGAUUUCUGCAAUAUUUUGCGACAUUAAAAUUAAUUAGGGAACUGACUAUUCUUCGAUAUUUUCAAACAUUUUGUUACUACAUCUCGUCUUACCUUUAAUUUAGAUGGCAGGUAAGCCCUACAACAGCAUCCCUUAUCUAAUGCUAAAUAAAGACUCAAUUAAAACAACAGGGACGAUUUCUGUGUAAAAUAUAUUUUGUUUUGUUUUAGUUACAUGAAUACUUCAACAAAUUAAAAAUUUGUACCUAUAACUAAAAAUGGGUAAUGAAGGAUAUAGAUUUUACGAAAACGUUCUUGGCUCACCCAAAUUUAUAUUGGCACCUAUGGUUGAACAAUCGGAGCUUGCAUUUCGUUGUUUGAGUCGCGAGCUUGGAUCACAACUGUGUUACACACCAAUGUGGCAUGCUGGUAUUUUUGCUUCAGAUGAGAAAUAUCGUAAAGCUGCUAUUGAAUCAGCACCAAAUGACAGACCGCUGUUGUUCCAAUUUUGCGCCAACGACCCCGAAAAAUUUGCAGCAGCAUGUGCUUUGGCAGAACCUCAUUGUGAUGGUGUUGAUUUAAAUCUUGGAUGUCCACAAGUCAUUGCACAAAGGGGUCAUUAUGGAGCAUUUCUGAUGGAGGAAUGGGAACUUGUGGAGAAAAUUAUAAGGACAGCAAGUGAACGCAUUAAGAAACCUAUCACGUGUAAAAUACGAAUCUACAAAAGUAUAGAACAUACAGUGGAAUAUGCUAAACGGUUAGAAAAAGCAGGUGCAAAGAUAGUAACCGUGCAUGGUCGCUUACGAGAACAAAAAGGUCCUCUCACUGGUGUGGCUGAUUGGGAGCAUAUAAAAGCCGUCAAAGAGAAUCUCUCAAUUCCUGUCUUCGCAAAUGGAAACAUUCAGUAUUUAAGAGAUGUGGAAAGAUGUUUUGAAUACACCAAAGUUGAUGGUGUUAUGACUGCAGAGGGUGCGUUAUACAAUCCAGCUAUCUUCACUGGAAGGCAACCUCCUGCAUGGGAGAUGGUUGAUAAAUAUAUCUCCUAUGCAAGAGAACACACUCCUCCGCUUGGUUAUAUUCGAGGACAUUUAUUUCGAAUGUGGCAUCACUGUUUGUGCAAAUAUAAAGAUUUGCGAACUCCUUUGGGCGUCGCAAAAUCAUUCGAUGCGUUGGUGGAGGUAUCCAAUCAACUUAAACAUCUCUGUAAGAAAGAUGCAGAAAAAGACAUUGCCGAAGGAAGAGACAGUGAAGAACUGGAUAAGCUUCCAUACUGGAGAUGUCAACCUUAUGUAAGACCUCCGCAAAAAAACGCCGGUAAGCGGGCUCAUGAAGAAUUGUCAAGUGAUGAACCGAAAAAGGAUAGAUCGCAUACGAGAAGAAAAAUGUUACGACAGAAACAUUUUGAACAUGGAAAGGGACUUUUCCCUAAAACUGCGAGAGAAAAAUGGCCGCUGUGUACAGUUUGCCUUGUCAAUCCAUGGGGUUCGAAAUGUGAAUUUAAACGAUGUCGCAAGUGUUGCAAACAGAAAUCUGCUGUGGAGAUUCAAGAUUGCCAAGUGCACCGAGUUUGGUACCACAGCAAUCUUGUUGCAAACCCACGAAAGAAGAAAAGCGAAACAACAGAUAGUGGUCAAAUAGACAGUGACAAUAAGAAUGACACUUUUAAUGAGUCGUCGCCUGUCGUCAAAAAUACCAACAACACUUCCAAUGAAUCGUUACGUUUUGUCAAAGAUACUAACGACUCUUCAGAGAAAUCGUCUCUGGACGUGGACAAUACUUCUGUUGGUAGCCAAGAUGUUUCAGGUGAUGACCACGCGAUGGAGCAAGCUGUGACAUAGAAAGAAAAUACAAAAACUUUUUUAUAAGUAAAUUUUACGUGACAUUUAGCUUUCUCAUAAGAUAUUGUACUCUCCGACAAAAUGUAAUAAAGGGUCAUUAAAAUAGAACCUAGAUUUUAAA